AUGGGGAGAAGAAGGCGAAUUGUGAAUGAAAUUCCUAGUGAUUCAGAGUCUGUUGAUGGGUUGUGCGAUUCUAAUGAUGAAGAUGAGGUAUUGGAUCGCAGAGUAGAUCAUGUUGCCCCUGCAAUCAACAAUCUUCUCGAAGAUGAGGCACACGAAGAAGAAAUUGCCGACGAAACAACCACUACAGAUUCAAAUAAAAGUGAAAUUUGGAGAUCGACGAGUAUUCCAAAGACUGAUUUACCUUUCAGUAGGAGUUACGGGCCCAUCAUCCCUGACUCCGCGUCUUGUCCAAAGGAUAUAUUUCUUUGUUUGUUCCCUGAGUCUCUAUUAGAUGUUAUUGUAGAGCAAACAAAUUUGUUUAUUUCUCAAAAGAAGUCAAAAGGAGAUCUUAUCACCAAAGAUGAGUUGAAAAUUUUCAUAGCGAUCAAUAUCCAUAUGGGUUACAAGAAGUUACCUUCGUAUCGGGAUUAUUGGUCUAAUAGCCCUCAAUUCCAUGAUUCAUAUAUUUCUUAA